AGUUGUAUUCCAUUGAUAGUCAUAGUUUGUCAGACAACUCUUACGGGGAGGAGUAGGCCUAUGCGUCAGAGGAGGAGGAGCACCAGUGCGUCAUUUACAGAGAAAUGAGACCACAAACAGUUCAGUUUGUGAACUGAAGUUUGUGACAGCAGAGCUGAGCAGCCACUUCCUAGAAGAAAUGGCCUCGGCCGAUUGUUUGCUGUCUGAAGAUGAGUUCACGUGCUCCGUCUGCAUGGAUUUCUUCAUCGAGCCUGUUUCUAUUCCAUGUGGACACAACUUCUGCAAGGCCUGUAUCACCAGGCACUGGGAGGGCAAAAACCAGUGUUUGUGUCCACUGUGCAACGAAAAGUUCAGCAAAGGCCUCAAACUGCGCAUCAACACAGGGUUCAGGGAGGUCGUGCAGAAGUUCCAGAAACAAUGUGUAAAGGCUAACAACGAUGUCCCAGUCAAACCGGGACAGGUGCCAUGUGACUGCUGCACUGGCAAAAAGUUCAAAGCCUCCAAAACCUGUUUGGAGUGUUUGGUCUCUUAUUGCGAAACACACCUAGAGCCUCAUCACAGAGUUGAUACAUUGAAGAGACACAAACUGACCGAUCCUGUGCAGAACCUGGACAAAAAUGUAUGCAAGAACCAUAACAGGAUUUUAGACCACUUCUGCAGGAAGGACCUGACUACCGUGUGUGAUCUGUGCACAGAGCAUAGUGUCCAUGAUAGAGUCCCUUUAAAGGAGCAGUAUGAAGAGACGAAGGCUCAGCUGGAGCAAAAAAUGGUGGAAGUUCAAGAGAUGGUAUAUGAGCGACAGAAGAAAGUUCAGCAGAUAACAGAAGAAGUGGACACCAAGAGGAAACACAAAGAUGAAGCAAAGGCCGAUAGUGUUCAUGUCUUCUCUACUUUGGGACUGUCUAUUCAAAGAAGCCUGACUGGGCUGGUGAGUGUGCUUGAAGAGAAGCAGAUCGCAGCAGAAAGACAGGCUGAGGUGCUGGUCAAAGAGCUGGAGAGGGAAAUCAAUCAGCUCCAGAGAAGAAUCACUAAGCUGGAGGACAUCUCACACACGGAAGACCACUUCCAGCUCAUCAAGCGCUUCCUGUCCUCCCCCUCCUCCUUACCACGCACCAAGAACUGGUCUGACAUCAGUGUCAGUGGCCAGCACCGCGUGGAGGACGUAAAGAGAGCUAUGGUGAAUCUGGAGGAGACGCUCAUCAAAGAGAUGGAGCGAGCUCGUCAAGAAUUCAGGGUGUGUUGUAAAAUCCUUCUUGAGGAAACUGACAUAGUGAAGAAACGGGUACACACAGUCACGGAUCUAGACAGCCUGCCUGAAGGCGUCAAGUUGGUCACAAUCCAACAGCAGCACGAGGUGGACAUGACUUUAGACCCUUCCACUGCAAAUGAUAUGCUCCUGUUUUCAGAGGAUUUGAAACAAGUGCAGACUUCUCAUAUUUGGUGGAUUUCAAAUGUGGGCCCGCAGAAGUUCAACAGAUAUGCCUACGUCUUAGGAAAAAAGGGCUUUUCCAACGGGAAGUUCUACUAUGAGGUGGUGGCCACACAGAAGACCGGGUGGGAUUUAGGAGUAGUCCGAGAGUCGUUGCGCGGGCAGAAAACAAUCACACCAAACCCGAGGAACGGAGCCUGGAUCCUUAGAUUGAGGAACAACACCAAAUGCCAGGCUAUGAAGAAUGUUCCUGUCAUCCUCCCCUUGAUGAAGAAACCUGAGAGGGUCGGUGUGUUUGUAGAUUAUGAGCAGAGACUGGUGUCCUUCUAUGAUGUGGACACGGCAUCUCUGAUCUGCUCUUUCACUGACUGCAGGUUCGGUGAGAAAAUCUACCCGUUCUUUAGUCCCGGCUUCCCUGAGGAUGGUAUAAAUGGAGGCCCCCUGAUCCUCUCACCAGCCAAAACUUCCGGUUCAACGUGGGAAAACAAUUCAGGGUUGUUAGCCAUGAUUAUUACCGUCAUUGCGUUGGUUCUGAUUUCCCUGUUUCAAACACAUGCCCCUCCACCAGGGUAGAGUUGAAACAGAUUCUGAUGAAAUAUUAAUCUAGUAAAUUCUGAUUAUGAUAAGCUGCAGUACCUGGUAAUUUUUGGAAAAAACAAUCCAACCAAACGAGUCUACAGACCUGUAGACUGAAGUCAGUUGGGAAUAACUACCGUCUUCCUCUUUCCAUGCUGUUCCGUGUUUUUGCUGAACAUAGUUAUGCAUGUUUAUUUUUAAAUCUCACUCAUCAUGUACAUUUAAAAAAAGAGAAAUCAGAUAAAACUGUGUUUCACAAUGGUGGACGUCCUUUUAGAGACCGGGAGUCACAAACUCAUCACUUAAUCAUGACAAUAUUUCAUAUAGAGUGAGACUGUAAUUCACAACAGAUCAUGUUAAUAUAAAUUGACAUAAAGUUUUAUUAUGAAACAUGA